CAUAAUUUUAUGUAAAGUUGAAGCUUCCAGCAUUUGCGUCCCAGCGCAACAUGGACAAUGACGAAGCCUGCGAUAGCGACGAGCGGAUCUCGCCCGCCUUCCUGACCGAAGUGGCCAACCAAUUCUCCAAGCAGAGGGUCAAUGGUCGACCCUACGAACACGACCCCGAGAAGGGCUUCACCAUGGACAUUAUGAUGAUGAUGGACAUGGAGAAAGUGAGUACACUGCGCAACGAGUUCGAGCGCAAGGACAAGGGCUUGUCAAUCGCCGAGUUCGUCUACGUCAUGACGCGCUUCGUGCAGAGCAGCGCCCACACGGACGAGAACUCGCGGCUCCACGAUUUAUCCGAGUCGCAGCUUGUCGCCAAUCUUUGCGAGCUCUUUGCGCAGAUAGAUAUCAAUGGCGACGGCUCGAUGGAGUGGGAAGAGUUCACGUCGUUUAUUGUGGACACGGGACUCACAGUCAAGAACCACCAGCCCAACUCCAUCCAGCAGUACCACCACGUACAGUGGGAAGACGCCUCCAAGCACAGCACAUUCAUUGACCACAUUUAUUACUUCCCGUCCAACGACCUUGUAGCCCUCGUCGAAAGUUGCAGUCCAUACCUCAAGAUUUACAACGUCAAUUGCGAGCUCAUGCGUACGAUCAAGUCACCUGAAGGGUUUGUACAGUGUGCCGAGCAUUUACCAAAGCUCAAUCAGUACAUCGUGGCGUCUUCCGACCUGCAAUUCCGUUUCUAUGACGACACCACAUUACGGCUCAUGAAAAGCUGCCACACUCCGACCUCACAGAACUGCCUCAAAUGGUAUCCGGAGUCCUCUGUGCUCUUUUCAGCCGGAGUGAGCGGCAUCGUCUACGCGUGGGACGCUGAGAGAAUGGAAGAAAAACACCAUAUGAGUGGUGAGGUGCAUGGGCGAGUAUUAUCUCGAUCUCACGAUGAUAUUGUGCUCGAUCUGCUCACGUUGCCCACCCUCGAGUCUCUCGCCUCCGCCAGCAUGGAUCGAACAAUUCGAUUGUGGGAUGUACAUACAGGGAAGCACAAACAGCAGCUUGAUGGACACGCAAAGGGUGUGCGAUCGCUUGCUUAUUCGCCCGAGUAUCGCUUCCUCGUGUCUGCGGGGUUUGAUUUCGACGCCCUGGUGUGGAAUCCGUACGUCGACCAGCUAAUUCUUCGGUUGCAUGGUCACAACAACAGUCUGUGUGGAGUAGAAAUUAUUUCCGAUACACCACAGAUCAUCACUGCCGACGUAGAUGGAGUUUUCAAAGUCUGGGAUAUCCGUAACUUUGCCUGUAUGCAGACAUUCACAGCCGAGAAUAUGGGCGACGUCAAGAACAUCGUAUCGAUCACCUCAGCCAAGCGGAUCGUUGCAGCAGGCAAAAAGCUGAUCAAGUUCGACUACGAGAAGCUGGAGAAUCCCGAACUGACGGACGAUCACCCCGUAUUCUGUGCGCUGUACAAUCCAACAUCUCUCUCGUUUAUCACAGCGGCAGGAAGGGAUGUCAAAAUCUGGGAUGCACGACUUGGCAAGCUUAUCCGAGUGUACAGAGAUCUGAGUUCGUCGGACCUGACAACGCUGUGCUUGGACUUUCGAGAGCGCAAAUUCGUCAUCGGAGACCACGAGGGCAACAUCCAUGUGUUCGACUACCUGAAUGGUUCACACAUGAAGUCGUUCGCAUAUCCAGACUUUGGCAAUCGAGCCCACACUGCUGAAGUCACUAAGCUGUGUUAUUGCGCAGAGCACAUGGCCGUCAUCAGUGUGUCGUGGGACUGCUCCAUCAAUAUCCACGAUGAACGCGACUCGGAGCGUGGUGUGCUGCUUCGGAGACUUGUCGGCGGACACUCUACGGAUAUCACAGCACUCAGCUUCUCGUACCAUUUGUCCCUCUUAGCCUCAGGGUCAUCCGACUGCUCGCUACAAGUCUGGGACUACGAGUUCGGCCGUCUCGACACCACCUGUAUCGGUCAUGUGAGUGGCUUACUGUGUCUGCAUUUCCUCGAUCCGUUUCCUCUUCUCCUCUCCAGCGACAGCACGGGCAAUCUCUGCUUCUGGGCGAUGCGUCCGUCAGCUCGAUACAAGGGCAAAUGCGUCUUUCGCUUCCGCAAUCAGCACAAUCACCUGGGAACUGCGGCCGUAAACUGCAUCGCCACGCACUCCACGCGUCGUAGUUCGUCAGGUUCACGCACUCCUGUCGAUAUCGAAGACGAGAAUGAGAGCGAUCCGAUGGAUUUCACGUCCUUUUUAGUCAUCACAGGAGACGACAAAGGAUUCUUGAGUGUGUGGAACGUUUUGCCGCUGCUUUUGCGUCUUGCAACCAGCUUCGAUCUCAAACCAUUAGCGAAAACGGUCGAAUGUGUCAACGCGCAGCGGAAUUUACGGAUAGAUGCUGCCAGUAUGGUGCGGAAGUCACGCAACACGCCGGAAUAUGCUGCCUACGCGCAUCGUGACCCGCUCUCGUCUUUCUUCUUUUCGUCGGGUAUGCCGCUCGUAGCGGCCGACGUGGAUGAUGACCAGGAGUCUCGAUGCGAAGACGGAGAGAGGCGGAGAUUGCCGCCAGUGUCGCUAGUUCGUCGCUGGAAGGCACACGGCGACGUGGUGUAUUCGGUGCAGAUGAUCGCAGAGCCCAAGAGUCUCGUGACGUCGUCUUUUGACCGCCGGGUCAAGAUCUGGUCGCUGAGUGGUGAAUGUCUCGGUGUGCUCAUGCAGGGCGGACUGGAUCCUUCAAGCAGCAACUUGAACUCUAACGCCGGACAUUCCGACGGUAACAUCCAUCGUCCGUGGCGUUUCUCUGUGGACUACGACGCCCGUGAGCGCCGGAAAGAGACAGCGGCCGCACCCGUCGUGGAAGACGUACACGCCAUGUUGCGUCAGAACGAGCGACGAGAUCUCACGGCCGAGCGGCGCCGCACAGAACGCAUCGCACAGACCGCCGCGGCCGAAGCCAGCGUGUUGGAAGAGAUCUCACACACAUAUCUACCGCCAUUGCUGCCUCGUCAAGCGGCAUCAGCGGCAGCACCUGGUUCCAGCGUAUUCUCAGCGUUGGGCACUGAACCGGGUGUAGUAGCACUGCAGCCGCUGCGCAAGACGCCGCGCCGUAAACCCGUGAAUGUGUCAAAUGCUGGGCGCUCGGCGUUCGUGACCGCAAGUCCCCGACAGCUUCGACUCCGCAGCAAUAACAGUCGGAUGACCUCACCUCGGCCACCCAGCUGAUGACGUCGUCCCCCGCUCAUCCUCUUAUUCCGUUUUCUGCUUGGUGUGCAUACAAAACGCAAGAUACUUUAGCCGCCACGCGCCACUUCUUGUCCAUCCG